GGCGCCAUCAAGCAAGAGCACACGCAGGCCAUCCCUGACUUCAUCUUCACGCUGCCGAUGUACCAGAAGUUGUUCGACCUCCUUGUCGCCCACUCUAACGGCGUCUCCACCUCUCCGACGCUGGCUCGGCGCUCUCUCAGGUCCAACAUGGCGGAGGCUGCUCGCCUCACUCGCAACCGCCUUCUACAGCUACCAGGUGGUGUCCGAGGCCAGAUCCCUGUCGAAGCGCACCCGCUCGUCUUCCGGUCGGUCUCCCGUGCGGUUUGGCGCCAGGGCAAAACUCUAGCCGCCGCCCUCGUUGCUCUCGACCCGCACGCCCAACACGUGAUCAAGAUCGAGAACGAUGUGGUCAAGCUCUGUGACGAGCUUGUCAGCAUCCGCAUCCCUGAUGCGACGGACAUUGCAAAGUCUCCACAGGCCAUGCUCAGGCCCUACAAUCUCACUGGUUGCCAGUCUUCGCUCAUAAGCCUGUGGACCGCGCCGCGAUGGUCUCCUACGCGCGGCGGUUUGCACCUUCCCUCCCGCGCUGGCCACGACUCGUUCUUCCAGCCGUUGCUGCGCUGCAACGAGCUGCUCGACGCGCGCGCGCUUCGGCGCCAGGUCCCGAUCGACUUCCCGAUCGUGCUAG